GAACAGAGGAGCCUAGGGUAUAACCAGGCUGCUUCGCGUCUGAUUUCUAUAUAUCGCGGUUACGGUUGGAUCGCGGCCUUUGCCUGCGGAGGGAGGCGAGGGAGGUUAUGCCGGAGAGCGAACAGUGUGUUAUUGCAGGCUUAAUAUAUUUACUAGAGAUAUGGAACGUGCACAUUGUUGGUCAAGUUGCUAUCAGUGCAAAGUCUCGUUAUUCCAAGAAUUUCUUGGCUGGCGGUUUCUUGCUUUUGGAGACUUUCUGAUCAUCUCUUUUGUUAACUAUACUUAGUGGCCAGCUGCUUUUCUAUGUCCAACAAGAGCAGCCUGAUGCAACUUUUUUCUGAAGUUGGUGUUGGGUCUAUGUCACACUUCUACAACGCAUUCCCAACACAGCUUCUGCUUGGUGUAAAUCUGAGGUCUCAGGUGCAUGAUAUUGAAGAAGUAAUCUCUGGGGUAUGACUUAGGGUUAAAUCUUCGAGCUUCAGCCACUGUCAUCUCAUUUUUCCUCCUUUUGGUCCUAUAGCUAGUAGGCAUUUUGUUUGCUCCAAUUCCAUUCAGAUCCAGAUGCAUGUUUGGUGUGUUAUUUGAUAUCAAUUUCUUCAACUAUGGCAUGCACUUGACUAGUUAACAAGAUUUUUAAAAAAGUGUAAACAAGUUAUAUGGAGAGUGCGAAGCUUCCUCGAAACUUGUUCCGUUAGGCUGUUCGAGGCUAUUGGGAGUAAUUUUCUCCAGCUAGGUUGAGCUGCAAUAUCUUGACUGCUGCUUUUUGUGAAGUGGAACGUGGUCCUGGAGCUUUAUUUCACAUGUUAAUGGAAACAGAGGCUUUGAACAUGACAAUCAGAAAGACAUCCUGGUGACAUGUAUUGCAAGUUAAAAUUGAUGGUGGAUUUUUCUUGAAGUUUGUCCAAGUUUUAUACAAACACAGACAUUUCCUCGAUCAAGUAUAAACUCUUGUGAGAUUUAAUAGUUUUUCUUAUAAAUAGCUGUUGGUUCACUUGAAUAAGAACCAAAGGGGGUAUACUUGGCUUCAGCUGCUGAAUAUGAUGGAACGGUACAAGUUAAUUAAGGAAGUCGGUGAUGGAACAUUUGGGAGUGUUUGGCGAGCUAUAAAUAAACAGACCGGGGAAGUUGUUGCAAUUAAGAAAAUGAAGAGGAAAUAUUAUUCUUGGGAGGAGUGCAUGAAUCUUCGGGAGGUGAAGUCCCUUCGGCGGAUGAACCAUCCUAACAUUGUGAAGCUAAAGGAAGUCAUAAGAGAAAAUGAUAUUCUAUACUUCGUGUUUGAAUAUAUGGAAUGCAAUCUCUACCAGCUUAUGAAAGAUAGGGGAGAGGUUUUUUCGGAGGCUGAAAUUCGGAAUUGGUGCUUUCAAAUAUUUCAAGCCCUUGCUUAUAUGCACCAGCGUGGCUAUUUUCACCGUGACCUUAAGCCUGAAAACUUGUUAGUAACAAAGGACAUCAUAAAAAUAGCUGAUUUUGGCCUUGCUCGGGAAGUAUGUUCACAGCCACCAUAUACAGAAUAUGUCUCUACUCGCUGGUAUCGAGCACCUGAAGUAUUGCUCCAGUCAUCAGUAUAUGAUUCUGCAGUUGAUAUUUGGGCAAUGGGUGCUAUUAUGGCUGAGCUGUUUACACUUCGUCCUCUUUUCCCUGGCUUAAGUGAACCCGAUGAAAUAUAUAGAAUUUGCAAGGUUAUUGGUAGCCCGAGUGAAAAUACUUGGGCUGAAGGAUUGCAACUUGCAGGCACCAUCAAGUAUCAGUUUCCACAGUUUUCCGGUGUCGAUCUUUCAGUGCUUAUUCCAUCAGCUAGCAAGGAAGCAAUUGACCUUAUCUCGUCACUUUGUUCCUGGGAUCCCCGCAAAAGGCCUAAAGCUGCAGAGGCCCUUCAACAUUCUUUCUUCCAGUCCUGUGUUUACGUCGCACCAUCUCUUCGUCCAAAAGUGGCAGCAAAACCGAAUACACCUCCAUCUGUUGGGGUGAGAGGAGCUUCCGAGCAGAAGGGUGCUAGAAGAUAUUCAACAGGAACUCUAUCCACAACAAAAGCUGCUAAUAAUGUCUUAUCAGUGAAGUCAAAUGCUUCUCUGAGGACAGUUGCUGCAGGUGCACAAAGAAAGCUGGAGAUGGCUCAUCAGGCGCCUGAGAAAACUGAAAAAUCCAUGAAGAACAGCUUCAAACAAUCUCCAUAUAGGCCACCAGCAAGAAACAACCCAGGAGCCUUUGGAAGAAGCUCUCGCAGGAUGGCCGACAUACCCGAAAAGACUUCCAAUCGAGCUGCGACCUCUGCUAAGGUUUCAAAUGUGGCCGAGAAGCUGGGGAAGAUGUCACUGAACUCUGGUCCGCAGCAUGCCGGGAAGCAACCGCCCCCUUGGAUGAAGGCAGGGGGUUGGCACAGCCAGACUGACCUCCUCGCUCGGUCGCAUGAACUGCCUCCUAGAAGAUUUACUCGCAAGGUUGUGGGAUGAAAGUUAGGGGGUUGUUCCUAGCAGCAUGGGUCUAUCUCUAAUGGUCGCUGCGUGCUGCCUGGUAUUUUCCGAGUGCUGGUUUGGACCAUCGAACUGCCGUGUCUAUAAAGCGUUUGCCGUACUGUUUAACAUUUCUACUAUGAUUUCGGCAUUUGAAUCGCCAUUGGGGGUGUUCUGAAUACCUCUGCUCGCACCAACUCUGGUUGGAUUUCAAUAAUUUAUGCUGCACCCUUUGCUCUUAACUGAUCUAGCCUAACCAAUUAUGUUGCAGAGGACUCUUGUUAUGCAUCUUGUUACAGUUUGGAUUUAUCAUUUUUAAAUUUUCUGUCUGAUAA